AUGGUAGAUGCAGUGAAAGGGGAUGUCAAGAAAGCCACCAUAUUCUCUUACAUUCUAAACGAGAAACUCAGUUACUGGCACCCAGAAAAACCCCGGGGUAGGACUAUUAGCUCAAUUGAUGGACAAGCAGGUACGUCUCGGGGUAACAUCAGUGGGCACAUUAACACCCAGUGUGGGGGUGAAGGCGAUGGCAUUCAUAGCCAACGGAUCCGAUACCACGUUGAUCACCAAGCGCGUCGCCUUAGAAAGUAUCACAACCCUCCCAUCUUCCCUGACGAUCAGCACGAUGAACGGUAUCAAGGCGACUUCCACCGAUCAAGCAAAUGUCACGUUGGUUUCACAAUAGCCGAUUUGCCGAUGCGAGCAGUGGAAUCGAUCGGGGAAUUAGUAAUGCGCUGGCCGCACCUGCGAGACUUAUGUUUCGAAGAAGCCGACUCCCCCAAAGUCGAUUUGCCAAUAGAAUGCAGUGUGCCAGAAGCACACUAG